GCGUUCGCUCUUGUUUGUUGGGAUCGCGUUGCACUUCUUAAAAGGACAUGCAUCCGUACGAGGGAGUUUAGUUUUCAGUUUCGUUUCGUGCAGUGCAGAUCUGCAUCUUGAGAUAGUUUGGGAUAGUUGAAGUUGUGGAAAGUGCAUUGCUUGCAAGAAGGAAGAUAAAACAAGAGACUGCAAUGAAAGUGAUGAUCGUGAGUGUGUUGAUCGUGGCGCUUUUGGCGCCACAAAUGACGGACGCUGUGUCGUUUUGCCCGAAUCGGUGCGUGUGUGACGAUGUUAAACUGCACGUGACUUGUGGUGAAGGGGAAUUGGAUGUGCUUCCCAUCGCGUUGAAUCCGGCUAUCCAGCGACUGGUGAUCAAGUUCAACCGAAUCAAGGCAAUUGAUUCAUCGAUCCAGUUUUACUCGGAGCUUACUAUGUUGGAUCUGAGCUACAAUCACCUGCUCGGCGUUCCGGAGCGUAUAUUUAUGUACCAGAAACAGUUACUGCAGCUGCACUUGAACAACAAUAAAAUCGGAGUGUUUAGCAAUAAAACAUUCCAUGGAUUGGAAGAGCUGCGAGUGCUGAACUUACGAGGCAAUUUCAUUAAUGAAUUAACGGAAAAUAUGUUCACGACUCUACCAAAACUGGAGGAACUGAACUUGGGUCAAAACCGCAUCGAAGUGUUGCAUCUAAAGGCAUUCGAAGGGCUGACUAGUUUGAGAAUCUUGCAUCUGGACGACAACGCAAUCAAUAUGAUCCCUAGUUUGUCGCUAAACCCCUUGAAAAUGCUUGCUGAGCUGUAUCUCGGGACGAACACUUUGAAUCAGAUCCAACCGGGAGCAUUUGAAGGAUUACGGCAGCUGAGACGCUUGGAUGUGCGAGGAUCGAUGUUGAUCAACGUUACGAUCGACACCUUUCGAGGCCUGGAGAACCUACGCUCAUUAGAUGUGUCCGACAACCAUUUACUCAAAGUUCCCACGGUUCAACUGAGCGGUUUGAAGCGUUUGGAGGAGCUUAAAAUUGGACAGAACGAUUUCGACAUCAUCCCGGAAGGUGCUUUCUACGGAUUGUUUAACUUGCGAAGAAUCGAUAUUUCUGGAUCCCUGAACUUGAGGCGAGUGCAGGCGGGUGCUUUUUCGGCCAACACCAAUCUGGACACAAUCGUGAUCGCAUCCAAUAAAAUUCUGUCGGACAUUGAGGAAGGAGCGUUUUCUGGACUUCCCCACAUCGAGAACGUCAUCCUGCGGGACAAUGCCAUCCGAAGUGUACGUGAAGAAUUGCUCCCGUGGAAACAGUUGCGAAACUUUGAUCUUUCGGAGAAUCCUCUGGUUUGCAACUGUCAUAUGCAGUGGUUGAGGAAUCUGCUGAGACAAAAACCAAUCGAAACUGAGCAAAGUCAAAUUAUCUGCGAGUAUCCAGAAAGACUGCGAGGAGAAGCUUUGCGGGAGAUCAGUUCUGAGCUUUUGGGAUGCCAUCAACGUCCGUCCCGGGACAGAGCAGUAGUCGGAGCAGUUCUGGUGGCUUCCGCUGCUUCCGUAGCUACUUUUGUUUUAGUGGCCUAUCGCCUUCGUCACCGAUUGGUCGACAUGCUCGGACCGAACUGGCACAACAAACGAAACACUCUCAAAGAAGAAAAGGAACUGAAAUUCGGCAAAUGCUUCGAGGAAAUUGAAUAUCAUCAGCCAAAUUACAACUUCUACAGUUACCACUGCCAACAUGAAGUUCAACAGCAUCUUCCAACCUGUCCUCAACGAUCUUAUGACCAUCACAUCUACGAAAUGCCGAUUCCAGUUUCCGACCUGUGAAACACCCAUCGCCGAAAGGACCAUUCCGGUCAUGGACUAUCAACACUUUGAACUCGCGCUCACCGUGAGGGCCCGACUUCCGGUCUUCAUAUUGCAUGCAUGACGACGGAUCGCUCGAAGGCUUGUUGAAGAAGCAGCGGCUUGCCAAUUUCGUGGCCCAUCUCCGGUCAGUGGGGGCAUCCCGUCCCGAGAAUCUGAAUAUUUACUGUUCAUCAUAAACCCGGACGACUGAUUCGCCUUGGAAAAGUGCCCGACCCAAAAUGGGACGGAGAACAAGGAACACGAGAAAAUAAAUGAGUUCAUUAAUUUAUUUUAAAAACAA